GAACUGCUGAGUGGGGCCUUUCGUCCUAUCGUUUCUUAUAACAGGAAGUUUGAAGUCGGAGGUGGUUGAUCAAAAUGCCAGAGGAGAUGGCGGACGGUGGGAGGAGGCUCGUGACACUCGACGACCUCAUCGAUGCCUUGGACAAGCGCAAGAGGGCGCCGAGCAAUGUCCCAAAGGUUGAGACAUUCCAUUUCAAGGGGGAUCGGGUACCUGACUGGUUGGAUCUGACAGAGCAGGCGCUGGUAGGACUGUCAGAUGAGGUCAAGCUCCAGCGGGUCCUAAGGUAUGUCGUGCAUAGUCACCAUCGGGAAGUAAGUGAGGUCGUGGACGCCGCCAACGGCAGUUGGACAAAGUUUGGGGACCUGAUGCGGAGGAAGUACAGGCUGGGGGAUGGCCUGUUGACCAUGGCCGACUUGGAGGCCAUGAAUAAGGGAGAUUUGUCUACCAUUGGAGCGUUCGUGCACGAACUUAAGAAAAAGGCGAGGAAAGUGCACGGGAUUUCAAAGGAGGCGCAGUGCGCCACAUUUCUGGGAUUGCUUACGGGCUCGAAGGCCGCAGAAUUGACAAAGCAUGGGGAAGGGAGUGAAAAGCUCACCUGGGCAAUUAUAGACAAAGGAGUGGAAGAAGGGAGCCUGGACCAGGUGGAGCAGCACCAAAUGCGGCUGCAAAGGCGUAAGAGGAAGGAAAGGGAUGCUACCACAUCCGGGACCCCAGGGGUGAAGAGGAUUGUUACGGACGUGUUGGCCGCGUUGGGAUAUGACAAUGAGGCAGAAAUACAGAAAAGAGGGGUGACUGUGGCGCAAGGUCGGGCAUUAGGGGCAGUAGAUGAGGAGGCUGGGCGUGAAGACUAUGGCGGGGAGGAGACGGGUUCCCAAGCCCUGAGUAAGGCCCAGAGGAAGCAGCGCAACCUGCUGCUGGGAGGGCAGGGAUCAGGGAAGGGGCAGGCUCCCCAAGCCAUUGCCGCACCGCCACCCGUCGCCGCAGCCGCAUCAGUGCCAGCAGGACCAUCGCACACGGGGCCGCCACCAGCUUGCGGACACUGGGUGCCGCAUUGGAGGGGCGGAGCCAAGCCUACACGACGGCAUGCCAAAGAGGAAGAGAUACGCUGUCGGCUAGAGGAGGGCUUUGACGUGGAGCGAAUGGUGGACAAGCUCCUGGAGGGCCAUAAUGAUUUGAUGAAUCUAAAAGACAUCUUGGCGUCGGCACCAAGGCUCCGGGGUGAGCUGAAAGGGCGGCUCUCACGAAGGUUAGUGCCCAAUGUCCACCUAAGUUCGAUUUUGCCCAGGGAGAUAGAGUGGACAGAGGCGGGCACCAGGAUGGAUUGGAAAUAUGUGGCGUGUGGGUUGGUGGAUCUGAAGGUGAGGGACCAGCCGAGCAUCGCAAUGGUGGACACGGACGCUGAGAUGAACAUUAUCCGGGAGCGAGAUGCGACCAUGCUAGGGCUGGAGUUUGACCACUCGGAUCAUGGUAUGCUGCAUGGCGCCAACUGUAAGGCAAUUUUCUGCGGCACCGCGUCUAACGUGAUGGUGGAAAUUGGGAGGUAAGGGCACGAACGUGCUUCUUCGUCAUGCCCGAUGUCGACCACCCUAUCCUCCUGGGGAGGUAGUUCCUCUGCCGAACAGAGACCUUGGUCUUCAAUAG